AUGGGGAAACGUAGGAAAAAAAAGUUGCCGGGAGAAGAAGUAUUUGAAGAAACGACUGAGGAGGAAGAAGUUGACACCAGUACUGAGGAAGAUUCUGAGAAAGAGCAGCGCAAGUAUAAGCCGUGCGUUGUAUCUGACUACAACAGGAGGAAGAUAAUAUGUGUUAAAAGGAUAAUGAGGAAACUUAAGAAUGAUGCAGGACGCAGUUUGAUACAGCCGACGGACACCGUGGCCAUCACGUUCGCUUUCAAUGUUUUGCCGGACCACGUCGAUCUUCAUGGUUGGCGGUUCGUGCCAGUCUUUAUAGCUGGUGAUUUCAAAGCCCAUCACACGUUAUGGGAAUGUAGUGAAUUGGAUUCACGAGGCAGGGACGUUUUUGUAAGUAUAGACGACAACAAUCUUAUAAUCUUGAAUGACGGUCAGAUGACUACAGUAGAAUCUCACAGAUGGAGGCAGAAUGCAUCAGACUUGACACUUGUCUCAUCUUCACUGGCUCUGUCUUAUUUAAUAGAACUAGUUAAACAAGCCAUACAUGAAUCCACACCAUCCAAUCAGUCUUCUAAUCGAAAUGUUAACAUCAACUUGCAAUCUCUUAAAAUAAAUAAAAAAAAUCUCUACCUUGGUGGAAUUUAA